GCAACGCGGUGGAUGCACAUCUCCUGGAAAAACACCUCUUGAGGAACUUCUCCCGAGUUUGCAACCCCACCGAGAAAGAAAGUUGACAGCCUCCCGGAGCGGGAGAUUGUGUCUCAGCGAGUCCUCCUGCCGAGGAUCCAUGAAGAUGGAUGCAACUUUCACUUUGCAAGUCACCGGGAAGCACUGAGAGGACUUUAUAGUUUCCGGACCUGAGCGAAACCCAUGAAUGUUUAAGACAAGGAGCAACAAUGAAAACAGCCGCCAAGGGUUUUUUGGGGAAGUCUGCAAUGGAUCCUUUGCGCUGUGACAACUGGUGGAUGAGGAGGAUGGUGCUCAUUUUCUACGUGGUCCUGGAGCUUGUAGCGGUGGUCCAAGGGACCUUGGAUCUGCAGCUAGAUGAGGAGCAGCCUGCGGGAACCAUCAUCGGUGACAUAAGCGCAGGGCUGCCCCCCGGCGUCACAGCAUCGCUCUACUUCAUCUCCGACCACGAGGGAACCGGAGUGAGCACCGAUUUGGACAUUGACGAGAGCACGGGGAUCAUUAAGACCGCCAGAGUACUGGACAGAGAACUGAGGGAUAGGUACAACUUCAUUGCAGUCACCAUGACAGGCGUGACGGUGGAAGUGACCAUCAAGGUGAACGACAUCAACGAUCACGGGCCAAUGUUUCCAAAAAGACGCGCUGCUUUCAGAAUUCCUGAGCAGACAGCCAUUGGUACCCGGUUUCCUCUAGACCCGGCUGUCGAUGCAGAUGGAGGUCACUUCACCACACAAGGCUACCUCAUUAAAGAUGGAAACAUCGGUCAGGCGUUCACCUUGGAGACCAAAAGAGGAAGCAAUGAAGUUCUUUAUCUGGAUUUGGUCGUCAAUGCCGUUCUGGACAGAGAGAAAAGAUCCACCUAUACGCUGUCCCUGGAGGCCUUCGAUGGUGGUUCUCCUCAAAGAACUGAUCAAAUGAUCUUAGAUGUUACAGUCCAGGAUAUUAAUGACAACGCUCCUGUAUUCAACCAGAGCCGCUAUCAUGCCAUCAUAUCAGAGAACCUUCAACCAGGAAAUAACAUCCUUCAGGUGUUUGCCACCGAUGCCGACGAAGGAGACAACGGCAUGGUGAUGUAUGAGAUCAACCGAAGACAAAGUGACCCUGACCGAUAUUUUGUCAUAGAACCCCACACUGGCGUCAUCACACUAAAUAAACCGUUGGAUUUUGAGAUGCGACGAGUACAUGAGCUGGUGGUCCAAGCCCAAGAUAACGCGACGCACCCGGAGGUGACCAACGCCUUUGUCACCAUCCACGUCAGAGACUAUAACGACAACCAACCCACCAUGACCAUCAUCUUUCUCAGCGAGGAUGGAUCUCCUCAGAUAUCAGAGGGCGCACAGCCAGGGCAGUACGUGGCCCGGAUCUCCGUUACAGACCCAGACUACGGCGAGUACGCCAAUGUCAACGUGUCCCUAGAAGGUGGAGAUGGAAAAUUUGGUCUGACAACCAAGGACAAUAUCAUCUAUUUGGUCUGCGUGGACCAGAUUCUCGAUCGGGAGGAGAGAGACAUAUAUGAGUUAAGGGUGAUGGCAACAGACUCGGGUACACCGCCCCUGCGGGCCGAAUCCUCAUUCACCAUUCAAGUGACAGACGUCAAUGACAACCCCCCGCUGUUCGACCAGCAGGUGUACCGUCAGGUCAUCCCAGAAGUGGUGUUUCCCGGGAGUUUUGUGCUCCAGGUGACAGCCAGGGACAAAGACCAGGGCCCCAAUGGGGACAUUAGCUACAGCAUCCUUCGGGAUAAAAGUGCUUUCGCCGACUGGUUCAGCAUAGACACGAUCACGGGGAUUAUCACCACUCUCUCUCAGCUGGAUUACGAAAAGAACCCCAAUCCCAGCAUAACCGUGUUGGCCACCGAUGGAGGGAAACCACCGCUGUCGUCCACCGCGGUGGUUCACAUCGUACUGCAGGAUAUUAACGACAACGAACCUGUUUUUGACGCCAACUUCUACAAUGUCUCCAUCAAUGAGGACACAGCUCCGGGCACGUGCAUUCUGGAGGUGAUGGCAACAGAUGCAGAUGGCGGCUCCUUCGGCUCCAUCACAUACUCCCUGGGCUCGGGCCCUAACAGCGCCAUUGCCUCUCAGUUCACCAUCGACAAGGAGACUGGUGUCAUCUGCACUCGGGCGGCGCUGGAUCGGGAUCUCGGCCAGAACAGCUAUGACUUCACGGUUACUGCAGUGGACGGGGGCGGACUGAGCACCCUAGCCUACGUAAAGGUAGACCUGGUGGAUAUUAACGAUAACAGACCCGCCUUUUACCCGCUGACCUAUGCUGUCAGUUUGAGCUCGCAAAGCGCUCCUGGUACUUCUGUGGUACGAGUGAUGGCCUAUGACUCGGACUCGGGGGAAAAUGGCAAGAUUACAUACAAAACUGUAUCUGGAGGCUCGUCUCCUUACUUCACCCUCAACAAAGACACAGGUGUGAUCUCUCUUUCUCGGCCCGUCCACGGCAAGGCCAACACAGUCAUACCGAUGGUGAUUUCAGCUCAGGAUGGCGGAGGUCUGGUUGCCCUUGCUAAUGCCAAGGUCAACAUCAGUGUGGUGGCAGGCUUGGUGGCGCCACCUGUGUUUGAACAAGCACAGUACUACUUCUCCGUUUCUGAGGAUGUCUUGCAGGGGACCGUCGUUGGGACCGUUCAGGCCAAAAGUAAGACAGGCACCUCAAGAGAUAUUGCCUACACCAUCAGCUCCGGGGACCCCACAGGAUACUUCACAGUGGACCCUGACACCGGGACCCUGCGCUCCAGUCUUUCAUUAGAUCAUGAAGUCCAGUCGUCUCUUGAUUUAGAAGUGCAGGUCCGCACCGGUAACCCUCCGGCCUUUGGUCAGACCUGCGUACACAUCACCAUCGAGGACGUAAACGACAACCCGCCUGUGUUUCUUCCCUCCUCCUCUGAGUCCCUGCUGCUUCCAGAGCAAACUGAAAUGGGAACUGUCGUGUAUCGCGUCCAAGCUGAGGACAGAGACUCUGGAGCUAAUGGCCAGCUGUCUUUUGACCUGUCCUCUCCGACUGGGGUCCAGAGGACCUUUAGCAUAGAACGCAGCAGUGGGGAGAUACGACUGGUGGGGCUCCUUAACUAUGAGAGUAUUCCCCGCUAUGAUCUCCAAGUGAUUGCCAAAGAUAACGGAGUGCCUCAGCUUAGUGCGACAUUCAUGUUGGUGGUCCACGUCCAAGCUGAGAAUGACCAGGGACCCAUGUUUGAUACCCUCAGCUACCGUGUGGAACUUAAAGAAGGCACUCCGAUAAACACACGCUUCCUGCGUGUUCGCGCCUCGAACAGAGAAACGUCUGGUUCCAGUUACUUCAGCCCUCUUGCUUAUCACCUUCGCCCGGAUGGCGACGCUGCUGGUUUUGGCAUCGCUGCAGACAGCGGUUGGCUCUUUGUGAAGAGCGCCCUGGACCGAGAAGUCAAGGACAUGUAUCUCCUAACCGUGCUGGCCACUGCUGGUCAAGGACAGUUGAAAAAGACCGGCAGCGCCACCGUGCGGAUAUCCGUGACAGAUGAGAACGACAACUCCCCUCGACUCACGCAGACAAGGGUCUUCAUGGCGGUGAAAGAAAACCUGCCGGCAGGAACGGGCUUCGGUCACGUGCUGGCGACUGAUCGGGACAGCGGCCCCAACGGACGCCUCGGAUACCGCCUGUUGCACCCCGACCGCAACUUCCAUAUAAACACACACACAGGUGAGAUGAGCACAAGGGGCACCCUGGACCGAGAGCAGCAGUCCAGUUACCAGCUGGCGGUGGUCGUUCAGGAUGGAGGUUCACCCGUUCGCAGCGCCACCGGGACCGUCUUCAUUAGUGUCCUGGAUGACAACGACAACGCUCCGGUAUUUAUCCACAGCCAGCCUGGGAAAAAGAUGAUACUUCAGGUGUCAGAGGGUCAGUCCUCUGGGUUUCUUCUGGGUACGAUACAAGCCAAAGACCCCGAUGAAGGCGAGAAUGGCACCGUAUUCUACUCUUUGUCAGGUCCGAGGGCCGAGCGCUUCUUUCUGAACCCCAACACCGGCGACCUGCACUCAUCCUCCCCUCUCAUCCACUCCGAGCGUUCCGAGUACGCGUUGACGGUGAUGGCCACAGACAGAGGACUGCCUCCUCGCAGCGCCUCCUGCCCGCUCACCAUCCAGGUCCUCAGCAUGAACAAGUCGUCUUCAAAGACCAGCUCACAUUCUGUAGCGUUCAACUCUGUGGAAGAGACCAAACCGGGUUCAGUCAUUGGUUCGGUUCGCCUCCAUGAUGGAGAUAACCCAGCAGGGGGCGAGGUGACCUACAUGGUGGUGGGGGGUACUGACAGGGACGGCACCUUUGUUGUGGAUCGCCUGACAGGAGAUGUCUACUUAGCCCGUCCUCUCGACUAUGAGCAAGACGCUCACUACACGCUCAAGAUCGAGGUGGAUGACCUUUCUCAGACCCCGCCCAUUAGCACCCUCGUCAACCUUGACAUUAACGUAAAGGACAGCAAUGACCACGCUCCCCAGUUCCCAGAGGACCCCAUUACUAUCGUUGUCUCUGAGAGCGUCCCACCGGGCACGUCUGUCUAUACGUUCCAGGCCAUAGACAAGGACGGCAGCGGGCCCAAUAGUGACCUGAGGUACUCCAUCCUCCAACAGUGGCCCGAUGUUCCCGGUCUACUCACCCUUGACUCUUCCACUGGGGUCCUAACUCUAAACCAAGAACUGGACCACGAGGUCAACCCGAGUCUGAUCCUUGUUGUAAAAGCGACUGACUCCGCCCUGGACGCCAGCGAGAGGCAAUGGAGUUCGGUCACGGCGAGGAUUUACGUGACAGACGUGAAUGACAAUGAGCCGGCGUUCAGCUCGCCGACGGCGGUGAGCGUGAUGGAGGACCAGCCCAUCGGCUUUGUGGCGCUCUACGUCAUGGCCAGAGAUGCGGACCGAGGGGAGAACGGCAGGGUGACCUAUAGGAUCCAGUCCGGGAACUCUGGCGGUACCUUCAGUCUCAACCCAAAUACUGGUUCUCUGUCCAUCUUCAAACCCCUGGACCGGGAGGAGCAGGAAGUCUUCAACCUGACCAUCGUGGCCGAGGACCACGGGACCCCCCAGCGAUCAUCCAGUCAGCUGCUGUGUGUCUUCGUGGUGGACGUCAAUGACGAGGCUCCCUGGUUUGAGGAGAGCCACUACGAAGCCCAGAUCGCAGAGAACCAGCCUGGAGGGACAAUGGUGUUGACGGUGUCGGCCUUAGACCUGGACCAAGGAACCAAUGGCCAGGUGACAUACGGCGGCGUCUCAGUGGAGGGUUUUACUAUCAACCCUGUGACAGGCGUGAUAACCACCACUCAUCCACUGGACAGGGAGCUGAGAGAGUACUACACUGUGACAGUUUAUGCAAAAGAUGGAGGCCGUCCCCCGAAUUAUGCCAAAGCCACAGUGAGGAUCCGAGUGCUGGAUGAGAAUGACAACGCCCCCGUCUUUGCACGCCUCUACUACAGCAUCGAGGUGCCCGAGAACGUUGAGUCGUUGCUUCUUUUCACGCUGCGAGCCACAGACCAGGAUGCGGGAGACAGUGGAAAGAUGAACUACAGAAUUACAGCUGGAGACGCUGGAGGGGAUUUCCACUUGGACAGACACUCUGGUGCGCUGUCCACCUCUGGGCCCCUGGAUCGGGAGAAAAGAGCCAGAUACACACUCAAGGUCACAGCUCAGGAUCAGGGACACCCGUUCCUCAGCAGUACCGCCACCGUGGAGGUGACAGUGAUGGACAUGAACGAUCAUAGCCCCCAGUUCACCAGCAGCAGCUACACCGCGGACGUGUCCGAAGAUGUCCCGAUCGGUUCGUUGGUCCUGGAUGUGAAGGCCACUGAUCUGGACGAGGGCUCAAACAGCCAGGUCAUGUACUUCCUGCGUCAUGGAUCCAAGAGUAUGUUCAUGAUCGACCAGAACACGGGCCGUAUCAUCACAGCGGCACACCUCGAUAGAGAGAGAAGCGCCUCUUACACCUUUGAAGUGUGCGCCACCGACUCCUCGCCUUCCAACCCUCGCAACGCCACCGCUCAGGUCACGGUCCACAUACAGGAUGUCAACGACAACGCUCCCUUCUUCAUUCAGGACCCGCUUAUUUUGAACAUCUCUGCGAGCAGCAUGUCAAGCCAGCGAGUGCUGGCCACCAUGAGGGCGGAGGACAAGGACUUUGGGGCCAACGGCUCCGUCUUUUAUCGCUUUGCCAACUCUGUGAGGGGAUUCACCAUCAACUCGCUGACAGGAGACAUCCAAGCCACAGAGAAGCUGCAGACGAUGACGCAAACCCAGAGAACUUUGAUAGUGCAGGCCAUGGACCAGGGAAAUCCGUCUCAAUCCUCCUUGGGCGUGGUGAUUAUUUAUAUCAAGGAACAGACCUACAGGGGGAUUCGCUUCUCUCGCACAGCACGAGACGUCAGUCUGCAGGAGAAUGCUGCAAAAGGCACAGUAGUCACACAGACCCAAGCCCAGUACCCAGAUGGGUCUCAAACUGGUGUCAGCUACAGUCUCUUCAGCGGAAACAGGAUGGAAUCUUUUGGAAUAAACACUGUUACCGGUGAAAUAUGGGUCCAGAAAUCUGAAGGGCUGGACUACGAGGAGACCCCCAAACUCCGCCUUGUGGUGAAGGCCGAGACGGCAUCCUCCAGCUCCUACAUGGCAGUAAACUUGAUUCUGCAAGAUGUCAAUGACAAUUUGCCGCGCUUCCAGCUCCAAAACUACGUCGCCUACAUUCGAGAGGCACAGGGUCACGAUUUUCCCAUUAUCCAGGUUGCAGCAGACGACCUGGACCAGGGUCAAAACGGUCAGGUGACUUACUCCAUUAGGUCGUCAUCCAUGAGUGGUUUGUUCAAGAUAGACCCGCUGACUGGCAGCAUCAGCACCGCAGCCAUCAUGGACCGAGAGAUCUGGACGCAAACAAAGCUCGUCGUCACUGCAACAGACCGUGGAACCCCACGACUGGCUGGCUCUGCCACCCUCACUGUAAUCAUCAUCGACCUCAAUGACAACAGUCCCAUGAUUCCUCUUCCUCGGGAGAUACGCGUGCCGGAGGACACUCUGAUUGGCACGGUUAUCAGUCAGGUGACAGGAAAUGAUGUGGAUUCCGGGCCAGCCCUCUCCUACACGCUACACCUGGAUAGCGACAGCAAGGGCAUGUUUGGAAUCCACUGUUAUGGAGGAGGCGUGUCUCUGACCGGAGCGCUGGACUACGAGGAGAGGACGUGGUACACCCUCACCAUCCGAUCAUCGGACUCGGAGCACCAAAGCGAGGCCAAUCUGACGGUUUUGGUGGAGGACGUGAAUGACAACACUCCCGUCUUCACUCAGGACUUGUAUCAGGUAUCGGUAUCGGAACACAUCACAGCAGGAAGUGCUCUCAUCACAGUAACCGCCACCGACUCUGACUCUGGAGACAAUGGAAAGAUCAUCUACAAAGUCAUGUCAUCAACCAGGGGGGUCUUCUCCAUCGACCCAAGCAAUGGCACGCUGUUCAUCAACCAAAAAACUGAGUUUGAUUUUGAGAAUCCCUCCAUCCUUGUGGUUGUGGAGGCUCGAGACCAGGGCACUCCAUCACUCUCCUCCGUCGCUACCAUCCAAGUUCAAGUGUCCGAUACAAAUGACAACACCCCCACCUUCCACCAGUCAGAAUACAGAGCUUAUGUGUCUGAAGAUCAACUUCCCGGCUCCACAGUUCUAGCCUUAGAGGCAGUGGACGGAGACCUGUCGCGGGAUAACUGUGGUUUUGAUUUUGCCAUCGCCAGUGGGAACUUGGGUAAUGCCUUCCAGAUUGAGAGCAGCGUGCGCUUCUUGGAAGGAAAAGGUUUCCAGACAGUUGGAAGUCUGAUUCUGGUGGAGGAGCUGGAUUUUGAAGCCGUGUCGAGUUAUAACCUGACGGUCGUGGUAUCAGAUCGUGGGAUCCCCCAGCGUAGCUCCAGCGUGCCUGUCCUAAUCAGCGUUACCGACGUCAACGACAACCCUCCGGCUUUCAGCAGGGGCGAGUACAGCGUGGUACUGAGCGAGAGUGCCACUGCAGGGACAGAAGUACUGCAUCUAUCCGCCACAGAUCCGGACUCUGCUCCCAAUGCGGAAGUUCAGUACUCAAUAAGCUCAGGAGACAAGACCAGCCUUUUCCAAGUGGACCAGUGGACUGGGGCGCUGAAGUUAAAGCGACAUCUGGGCAGUGAAAGACAGUUGUCGCAUGUGAUUGUUGUUCAAGCUACAGACGGCUUGGGACACUACGCCUUUGCCCCUGUCAGCAUCGAUGUGAAGGAUAUCAAUGACCACUGGCCCUUUUUUCCACUCAACCAAGUAACAGCUAGCAUCAGGGAAAACCAGCCCAAGAAUGCCUUAGUCACCAUGCUGCACGCCAUUGACCAUGACAGAGGGGUUUAUGGAAAGUUGAAAUAUUAUAUUGUAAAAGACUCUAAAGACGGAACUGAGGCCUUCUUCGUUAACCAAACAUCUGGAGAAGUACGCACCCGCUCUACCUUUGACUUUGAGAAGGUGAACGCCUUCAAGUUUAUGGCUGUAGCCAUGGAUGCUGGCAACUAUUCUGCUACAGUCACGGUGCAGGUUUAUGUCACCGGGGAGGAUGAGUAUGAUCCGGUUUUUACCUCCCCUGAGGUCUCACUCAACGUGCCCGAGGGUGCAAAGAAAGGUCAAGUCAUCGGCAAAGUACACGCCAGAGAUGAAGACGGAGGCCUGGAUGGCAUUGUGCUCUACUCACUAGCUGACACUUCACCUUAUUUUGAGGUCAACAAAUCAACUGGUGCCAUAUUUUUGAAGAUGGACAGCUAUAGCAGACACGUGAGCCGCUCUAAACGAGAAGUCCGCCUCAUGACACUGGACGUGACCGCACACAGCCCUCUCCAGACGUCACGCACGGCGGCGGUCAAAGUGACCAUCGACGUGACCCACACAUCGUUUGGCCUGGCCACAGACAUGAACAUGCUGCUUGUAAGUGUCAUCGCUGUUUCACUCGGAACAAUAGUCAUACUCAGUAUAAUCGCCGUGGCGCUUUUUUUUGUCAAACUGAGGCGCCAAAGGAAGGAGCACAAAAGACACGGGCGAAGCAAAGUGUCAGGCACCAUGCUGCACAAGUUUGAGGAGACAAAACUAGCUGCAAGUGAAAUCAUAUACCAUCAGGCCCUACCCGGGUAUGCAGCUGAUCAGAGCAGCGGUAGCAGUAGCGGGGGUCCGUACACUCGGGGAGGAUCCUUGGACCCCUCCCACUCAAGCGGCCGUGGCUCGGCAGAGGCUGAGGCGGCAGAGGAUGACGAGAUCAGGAUGAUAAAUGAAUACCCUCGCGUGUCUAGUAUCUCCUCCUCCAUGCAGGAACGGAUCUCAGCCCGAGGUCCGGACUCUGGAAUCCAGCAGGAUGCUGAUCAGUUGUCGGACGUGUCUUGUGAGCCUUCCGUUGAUUGGUUCAAAGGGAAGAAAACGGGAAGCCUGAAUGGUACUUUGCUAGCUGGGCAGGUUCCAGUCUACAGAGAUGAGGGGGGAGGCUAUGUAGGCAUGGGGCGGGGGCUCAGCAUCUCUCACCAUAAGGACUACUCUUUCCCCGAGGAUGGAAAGCCGGCCGUAGAUGGCUCCUUGACUGCCAUCGUGGCCAGUGAUGAGGAGCUGAGGGGCAGCUACAACUGGGACUAUCUGCUGAACUGGUGCCCCCAGUUCCAACCCCUAGCCAGUGUCUUUACGGAGAUAGCGCGUUUAAAAGACGAAACCGCGCCCCCUCACCCUCGGAGGUCCUUCCACCACAAAAACAAACCGGAGUCAAGAAUUGACCCCCCUCCGCUUAUAACAUGCGUAGCCCACCCCGGGGCAAAAACUGUCCCACCCAAGCCUGCUGUGGGGAGGACAUACCCUCACCUGUCUUCUUUCCGGAGAUCUCCCCUCAGCAGUGACGGAUCCAUCUGCUCUGUGGCCAUGUCGCCAAGUUUCUCCCCCUCGCUGUCGCCACUGGCGGCGCGUUCCCCGGCCGUCACGCCCUUCAGCGUCUCACAGGGCCCCUCGGCGUCCAUCAUCAGCGCCACAGAACACCAUCUUGAGCACAGUGACCAAGCAGAGUUGAGGAUCUAAACUGUAGAAACAGAUCCCAACCCUGGGAUUUCGGCUUUAUGACCACAGUGUUGGGUCAGUUCCGUUCUUUUAGCGAUCUGGCUAGGUUCUUCAUGAAAAAAAUUAGAACUGGCUGACUUAAAGGCCGUAUGGACUUUGUUUUUUAUUACGAACAAAACACUUUGUGCUCCUGUUGAUCAGUGUUGAUUUGCACAUUCAAACGGGGGAUUCAUACAUGAUGUCAAUAUUUUGUAGAAAAGCAUUGUCUAUAUUUUUAUACUUCUAGAUCUGGCAGAUCUGGUAGAUCUGGCGUUCAAGUCUCAAAGGGUUGUUAAAGGUCUUGUUCCUAUAUUUGUAUAUUUGUAGUUUUUACUGUACCCUCGUUUGUACUGUAAGAUGGAUUUAUCGCUCAAAUGAACAUUUGGAUGAAUGGGGAUUCUUGUCCCAAAUCAUUGUAAAUAUAUUAAGGACGCAGCGUCUUAGUCUUAAUGGAGCGGGAUCAGGUUUUCGCCGGAUACGCUUGGAAAGGUAAUCAUGAAUGUGAAGCACUCCAAAGUGUUCCUUUCAAUGUGUGAGAGGAAAACGCCCACCGAUCUUGUCAGGUGCUUUAAUUUAUCACAACCGGCCUUAACGCUUCUCAUUUUCCAUCACUGCAACGCGACUGACUUCAUGAAAGGGAUUACGAAAACACCAUUUAAGCUCCAACAGUGCUGCUCCAACUUUGAUUGUGUGUAGAUGAUGAUAUCAAAGUCAAAUGUUAUUUGAUGGAGUGGGUGGAAAAUGAAUUACAGUAUGAAUGUUCCAACACCAGCAGAGAAUGUUUUAUGCGUCGUGUUUCGCUAGAAUUCACCACACAGAUGCCUAGAAGCCAUUUCAUGAUUAAGUAUCAAUUUUAUGAAGUAAAAUAAAAACCUUCGCUCUUGACAUUAUUUUUUUGUGUUUUAUUUAUUUUGUUGGCAGACCUCAGAAGCUCAGAGGCUUUGUAAAUUAUUGUGUUAAGAAUACUGUAAGCAAGAUAUGUAUAUGAACACUCACUAAUUGAUAGACUGAAGGCUUUUUGUAUACUUUCACAUUUCUAUGCUUGUCCGCAGCAAUGUUUGAGCUA